GACGUCUAUUCUUGGUUGGUCGCAAGGCAUGCUUCCCAGCAGUGGAGAAGAAUUGAAAAGGUUGCUCUAAAGCAUUUGUAUAACUUGAGUGUCCCUGGGAGUGAGAUUCGGCAAUGGUUUUUUCAGGAAGUUCCUCAUUUUGCUGCUCUGAAGAACCGCGAGAUUAUAGGAGUAAUUUUUGCUGUUGUUGUCUCUCUAGAAAGUGUAAACUGGGGAAACAUUCCACUGCCGGCAAUGGGAUACAUCAACAGAAGGCUUAUCGAGCUUGAAGAUUCAAUAAAUUCCAUGACAUUAAACCUGAUGGGGGUCCCCGACACAAGGGAAGACCAGCUUUACUCGAUAGAUUUCCAGAAUUCAAGCCAAUGGUUCGGGUGUUAAAGAAAGGAGACAGGAUAGAUAUAGUCCUGCGAGACCUGGCACGCUUUCCUGGGCUCUCUCUGA